AUGUUGGCAAAGACAAUAGACCUAUCGUGUAGUAAGUGUAAGAGGCAAGCUGUCCGCAAUAUUCGCAUAGGCGGCUGCGGCGGCGGCGGCUGCGGCGGCAGCGGCGGCGGCGGCGGCGGCGGCGCGCGACGCGGCGACAUGGACGGCCGGCUGCGGCGGUGGCUGUGGCUGUGGAUGCGGCGGUGGCUGCGGGUGGCCCUGCUGCUCUGGAGCCUGGCGCUCCCUGCGGCCGCGGCGCGCAGUGUCGGUGAGUAUUGCGAGGCGGCUUUGGAAAGGCGCCGCGCGGAGGCGCGCGAUUUCUUUCGCGUGUCCGAUCGCUCUGCACACAAGUCGUCGCUGCGCCCCUCCGGCUGCGCGGCAGUGGCGCUAAUGCAGGCUCGUAGAUGUGCCGCGCGAUUUGUCUGUAGGCGGCCUACGGGCCGCCUCAGGCCGCAAACCGCAUUGCGUCUUGUGCUAAAUUCCAUUCUCACUCGCGUUGCUAAUGAGGUCGACGACAUGAUAUUGGCGCCCGGCCCCGGCGCCUUCGCCUCUUUUCAGAGCAGAACAGCCGCGGCCAAAUGCACCGGCGCGCGCGUGCGCACGUGCUGGCGAUCGGCGGACGUUGGCAGUGCGAAGAGCGCGCCAUGGAACGAGAAGUCGCGUCAACAUCAACCAGGUCAUUAG